GUCAGCUUGAGGGACUCACUCCUGGUACUACUAUAUCACAACUGCUUUUCACCCUGUUACUUCACAUGGCGAACCAGAUCCACUCAUUCUUUGAGACGAGCACAAUGGCACUGUGUAAAGAAGAGACUAUUCCAAUGACCCUGGACAUGCUGACGAGUAAAAAAAUGGAGACAAAUAAUCCUCAAGCCAGAUGCCUCCUCUCGACGCUGGCAUCGGCCAUGUGCAGCCAACAUGCAUCAGAUGUGGAAAAACUGCAGCAAGAACUGAAAAACGUGCAGAGGGACAUGAAGGAUUUUAAGCAAGAGGUCACAAGGGUGAUCUGUAAAAUAGAGGGCACCCUCAGCUACAUGAUGGAGGUGGUAACAAAACUUGAAACCAGAAGCAACCAUGUGGAGCAGCGGCUGAGGGAAGAAGAAGACAGAGGCAUAGUACGGAACAAAGUACUCACGUUCUUGCUGCCGAGGGAGAAAGAACUGCGGGAGAAAUGUGCUGAUCUAGAGAGGAGGCUUUGGAGGAAAAAUGUCUAGGUAUAUAAAUCCUCAACGACAAAGGGGAAAAAUAAUAGUGUUGUAUCUGAGAACUCCUCUGGACUCGCAAGCAAGACUAAUCUUUUGAAUA